CUGCAGAGCGAACAAAAGCUUACAUAUAAUUACCUCACGAAACGGUGAGUCCGUAAAUCUAAUUAGCAUGAACUGCUGUUCGUCGGAGGAGUCCAGGCGUCGAAAGCGCAUCAAUGAGGAAAUCGAUCUGCAAUUGCGUUUGGACAAGAAAAAUGCACACCGCGAGCUUAAAAUUUUACUGUUGGGCACGGCCGAGUCCGGCAAGUCGACAUUCUUCAAACAGAUGCGUAUUAUCUACGGCAAUGGAUUCUCGGACAAAAACAAGCGUUCGUACAUCAAACUGGUAUUCCAGAACAUAUUUAUGGCCAUGCAGUCACUGAUCAAGGCCAUGGACCAGCUGCAGAUUUCCUAUGGCCAAAAGGAACAUGGUGCACUGGCCGAUCUUGUGAUGAGCAUCGCUUACGAAAAGGUUGAAGUGUUCGAGGAUCCGUACUUGAGUGCCAUCAAAACGCUUUGGGAGGAUUCUGGCAUUCAGGAGUGCUUCAAUCGCCGUAGGGAAUAUCAGCUAACUGAUUCAGCCAAAUACUACUUGAGUGACAUAGCUCGAAUUGAGCAAGCUGAUUAUUUACCAAACGAGCAGGAUAUUCUGCGUGCUCGAGUGCCAACAACUAACAUCAAUGAGUUUCCAUUCGAAUUGGAUACGUUCGUGAUCAGAAUGGUCGACGUCGCAGGACAGCGAUCCGAGAGAAAAAAAUGGAUGCAUUGUUUUUCAAAUGUGACAUCAGUUAUAUUUUUGGCAGCGAUAUCGGAAUACGAUCAAGUUUUGUUUGAAUGUGAUACAGAUAAUCGAAUGGAGGAAUCUAAAGCUUUAUUUCAAACGAUAAUUACUUGCCAAUGGUUUCAAAAAUCUUCACUUAUUCUUUUCCUGAACAAAAUUGACUUGUUGGAGGAGAAAAUAUUGACUUCGCAUUUGGUGGACUAUUUUCCUGAAUACGAUGGUCCACAGCAAGAUGCAACAGCGGCCCAAGAAUUCAUAUUGGAAAUGUAUGAAGGAUUAAAUCCAGAUUGUGAAAGAAAAAUCUAUACUCAUUUUACUUGUGCUACGGAUACGGAAAAUAUAAGGUUUGUCUUUGCGGCUGUUAAGGACACAAUUCUGCAAUUGCAUCUUAAGGAAAAUAAUUUGCUUUAAAAAUCUUAAGGAUUUAACUAUGUAUAUUUUUGUGAUUUUUAUACAAACACAUGUAGCAUACACAGAGAGUAUUCUGACAUUGUCAAAAUGAGUUAAAUUCGUGCUUAAGCGAUAUAAUACCAGACAAAACUGUUUUUCAAACUCUGAGUAUCCCAAAGCUUAGAACAUCCAUUUGGAGUUUUAAAUUUUUAAAGAUUUUAAAUAUUUUAAUUUUGUUUUGAAAAAUAAGAAGAGUGUAAUCAACCUUACCAAGCUGAAGUUUGUAGCUUUUACAAAAAUGAAAUAUUCCGUAUUACGACUCCACAUCGAUUUUAAUGUUUUAAAACUAAGAGCUAUAACGAUUUUCCGAAAAAAUGAUAAGAAGACUUUUCGGAAAGGUUUAACC